AUGGCAGGCUUUCUGUCGAUGCUCAAGCAGUCGACGCUUGUACACCUUUGCUUUGCGAUUUCAUUCUUUACCUCCGGGCUGAUCAUCAACACCGUGCAGUGCAUCCUGUACGUCGGGCUGAAGCCGUUCAACAAGCAUCUCUAUCGAACGAUCGGUUACUAUCUUUGCUAUUCGUUUUACUCCCAGCUUGUCUUUCUGGCCGACUGGUGGUCGGACACGAAGCUAAACGUGUACGUUAGCGACGAGGACAUGAAGUACUGCGGCACCGAGCACGUGCUGCUGCUGAUGAACCACACGUACGAGAUCGACUGGCUGCUCGGGUGGAUGUUCUGCGAGAAGGUGCGCGUGCUGGGCAACUGCAAAGCGUACGCGAAGAAGGUCAUCCAGUACAUACCCACCAUCGGGUGGGCGUGGAAGUUUGCCGAGUUUGUGUUUCUCGAGCGCUCGUUCGAGAAGGAUCGGGAAAUCAUUGGCCGGCAGAUUAACGAAAUCCUCGACUAUCCCGAUCCGGUGUGGCUGCUGCUGAACGCGGAAGGUACGCGCUUUACCGAGCAGAAGCACGAAGCGUCGGUCAAGUUUGCGCAGGAGAAGGGUAUGGUGCCGCUGAAGCAUCAUCUGAUCCCGCGCACGAAGGGUUUCACCGCGAGCUUGCCGUUUCUGCGCGAAAAGUGUCCGGCCGUGCUGGACAUUCAGCUGGGCAUUAGCAAGGACUCGAAGGUUAAGCCCACGAUUUUCAACAUCCUGAACGGCAAACAGAUCGAGGCGCACAUGUGCGUGCGCCGUUUCCCCACCGUGACGCUGCCGGAGCGUGAGGAGGACGCCGCCGUCUGGCUGCAGGAUCUGUUCCGCGAGAAGGACCGGAUGCAGGACAGCUUCCACCGGACCGGCAGCUUCUUUACCGAUUCCGGCGUGGCCGAGCGGCCCAAGCUGCAGCUGCACCGCCGACCGACGACGCUCGUCAAUACUGCCUUCUGGGUGGUGGCCACCCUUACCCCGAUGCUGUACUACCUGGUGAUGCUGCUGUUCAGUGGCGAGAUUCUGUACUUUUCGAUCGGUGCCGGCAUUCUCUUUGCCUUUUACAUGCUGAUGGUGAAAGCGAUCGGUAUGUCCAAGAUCAGCAAAGCUUCGUCGUACGGUGCGGAAAAGCUGAAAAAUGGCCACAGUCCCACCCACGAACCGGUGGAACCGACCGGUGCCGAAUCGGCCAAGGAUAAGUAGAACCACCAGCAGCACCACCGCCGGCCCCGCCAACAAGCAAACACACACACACACAAAAACUCUAUUUACACCCACCCUCUACAUACUGAGGCGAGCGCGCGGGCGGAAGUUUUUUGUUGUUUGAUGGACAAAAGGAAGAGAGGUACUAGAGAGAAAGAGAGAGAGAGAGAAGCAGGGAAGGCAGCUUUUUUUUGUACAUGCCUAGAUGCUAUAUAUACAUACAAACAUACAACGGGAUGUGUGGGAUAUACGCCCAAACGG